AUGGCCAGUCUUCAAUAUAACUACGUAUGGUUCUUACACGGAAAUAACACAAGAAUUUAUAAAAUACUCUUUAAAGGUAGUGGGGUGGGGUUUGCAGAGGGGACCGAGAAAACCGAAAGUAGAAUGAUCAGCACGACACCGCUCUAUGUCACCGUUUCAAUAUGUUUAUUUUAUUUAACCACUACUGUUUAUUGUCGAACAGAUUUCAGAUUUCUAAUGAAGAGAGACACAAGAAAUAAUAUUAACACCGACAGUUUACAAGAAACAUUAAAGAAUCUGGACGAUGAAUACCAGCGUUUACAAAAAAGAACGUGUGCAUUUGGAAUCAACAGUCACCAAUGUACGCUGACUUCACUCAAUAAUAAAAUGAUGUCGCAAGCUUGGCUCAGUGACGGUAUGAGCCCGGGAAAACGAUCCGAUUUACCCAAUCUUACUCCAGACGGACGAACACAAAGGCUACUGGAUGAAAUGUCAAACACAAAAGCUUUACUCACUGUUCGCGAUAUCUUAACACAAGCUGAUUCUCCUACAGCUAGGAAACGAUCGUGUUCUCUACGACUCGGUGGAAUGUGUCUCACGGAAAAUUUAAACGCUGCAGCAAACCAGUACGAAUACCUGAGUAGUGGUCUGAGUCCUGGAAGGAAACGACGUUCAUUACGUCACAUCCUGUUGAACAGAAAACAUUAA